GCCUUCGAGAUCUGAAUUUCCCUGCGUUUCCGCUUUCCUCUUGCGGAUCCCGAAUUGGAAUUCCAGGACAAGGAUGGAUCGGCGGUGUCACGUGCACGGCUCUUUCCCCGCGUUCGCUUUCCGUCGGCUUAACCAUUUUCUGGGGUUGAGGGGGCCUGCCGAGGAAAGGGAAGAAUGUAAUACGUCUCUUUAAGACACCUGUCGGACGGCGGUCUUGUUGAUUUCGAAGCAUGAUUUGUGUUUCUGGAAAUAUUUACCACUUAUUGUUUUGAGAUCCAAAGCAAGAGCUGAGUGUACAGUGCAAUGCCUCUGUCCUCGCUUCUCCGCACUACUUCCCGACUGGGGUCGGCUGCAAUCCGAUCAACAGCUGCAAGAGCUGCUUCAACAGCAGCAAACCCAGCUGGUGGCCAGACCUCUCUCAACUCUAUCCUCGUUGCAAACCGAGGCGAGAUAGCUUUGCGAGUCGGACGGACAGCUUCUCAACACGGUAUCCGCAUAACUACGUUGUACACAGACCCUGAUGCAAAAUCCCAGCACGCUCUAAGCUCGCCCUCUGCCUUCAAUCUGGGACAUACAUCGGCGUAUCUCGACGGCGAUCGUAUCAUAGAGAUUGCUAAGAGGGAGGGUUGUCAGGCUAUACAUCCCGGCUACGGCUUUCUGAGCGAGAAUGCUGCUUUUGCCCAAAAGUGUACGCAAGCCGGCCUAGUCUUCAUUGGCCCACCAUGGAAGGCUAUCGAGGAUAUGGGAGACAAGAGUCGGUCGAAGGAGAUCAUGACCGCAGCAGGCGUGCCCUGCGUUCCAGGAUACCACGGCAGCAACCAGGAUCCAGCAUUCCUCGAACAAGAGGCCGAUAAGAUUAAAUACCCAGUGCUGAUUAAAGCAGUCAAGGGCGGAGGAGGGAAGGGCAUGCGCAUAGCCAAUUCCAAAGCGGAGUUUCAAGAUCAGCUGCGGUCAGCUCAGUCGGAGGCUCUGAAUUCCUUCGGAGACGAUCAUGUGUUGAUUGAGAAAUAUAUCACGACGCCACGACACAUUGAAGUGCAGGUCUUUGCGGACAAGCACGGAAACUGCGUCGCUUUAGGUGAGCGAGACUGCAGCAUUCAGAGACGCCAUCAAAAGAUUUUGGAAGAGUCUCCUGCCCCCGAUCUGCCUCAAGAGACGAGGAAGGAUAUCUGGAACAAAGCACGGUCGGCUGCAUUGGCCGUGGGCUACGAAGGUGCAGGAACUGUCGAGUUCAUUUUCGACAAUGAGACGGGCGAGUUCUUCUUCAUGGAGAUGAAUACCAGGCUCCAAGUUGAGCACCCAGUCACAGAGAUGGUUACCGGACAAGAUCUGGUUCACUGGCAGAUCCUCGUCGCUGAAGGAGCCCCUUUGCCACUUACCCAAGAAGAAAUCGAAGCCACGAUCAUGAACAGCGGCCAUGCCAUUGAGGCCAGAAUAUACGCUGAAAACCCUGACCAAGGCUUCAUUCCUGACUCUGGACUGCUCACCCAUGUGCGAACACCUACUCUCGGCAAAGAUGUGCGAAUUGAUGCUGGGUUCGUCGCAGGAGACGAGGUCUCUGCCCAUUACGAUCCUAUGAUUGCGAAGCUUAUCGUGCGAGGCGCAAACCGAACGGAAGCCAUUCGCAAUUUGACGCUCGCCCUCGAGGAGUAUGAGGUUGCUGGACCCGUUACCAACAUUGAGUUCCUGAAGGCCGUGUGCCAGAGCGAAGAUUUCGUCGAGGGCAAGGUUGAGACUGGGUACAUUGAGAAGCACAGAGCGGAGCUCUUCGCGGAGAAGAGUAUUCCGGACGAAGUGCUGGCCCAGGUCGCGCUGGCUUGUCUGAUCCAGGAUUCCACAUCUGAACCCGCCGUCCAAACUCACUGUCGAGGACCCAGAGGAGGAUCCGUGGGGUUCGGCCCUGGCUAUCAGCAACGACAGUUCACCUUUGCAGAAGAAACGGCAGCUGCUGGACACGGCAAGGAGCAUGCAGUCGAGGUGCACCAAACUGGGGAGGACAAGUUUCGUGUCAUUGUCAACGGACAAGUCUGGGACAACGUGACGACCCAGGUUGACUUGCAGUCGAGGGUGGUGCGAUCAUUUUUCCCCCACACACGACUGGACACUACGGUGAUACGAGACGAGAACUCGGUGAUCGCAUUUCAGCGGGGUCGACAGUAUCGCCUGGAAAUACCGCGGGGGAAAUGGAUGGAAAAAGCACUGGGUAUCCGUGAUGUUGCUAACAGCGUACUAGCACCGAUGCCGUGUAAAAUCCUUCGUGUUGAGGUCCAGGCAGGCGACCGGGUGGAGAAGGACCAAGCGCUGGUGGUGAUUGAGAGUAUGAAGAUGGAGACGGUCAUCCGCAGCCCGCAUCACGGGACCAUUGCGCGGGUUGUACACAAGAAAGGGGAUCAAUGCAAGAGCGGUACGCCGCUGGUCGAAUUUGUCGGUGACGAUGCAGCAUAAUCUGCCGGCCGUCGUGGAUGUGUUGGAGAUUGAAAUGGACCAGAGUCACCACGGACCAGGCCUACCAUAUGAUAUGAGAGCGUAAAUCCGGAGAUCGUGCGAGGUGAUCGGUCGGGACACUCGGGAUAAGAUGGCUUCUAGCCAUGUUCGGAC